CGGGGCUUCCGUCGUUUAUAUCGUGACGUCAGCAUAACAACAAACUUGCUAGCUCUUAGUCGUGACAGCUCAAUGGGGAAAGCAAAUCAAUUAAGAAUUGACAUCGAAAAAUAUUGCUACAUCAACCGUCUGUAUGUGACAUUUCAUUGAAAAGUUGGUGAGAAGACAAAGAUCAGCCCUCGGCCAUUCUUCCACCUAACAGCCAGCCAGCCGGAGCGACGGGGAACAGGAUAGGGAAGCAGCGCGGAGCCGGCGCCGCGGAGCCACCGGAGAAGAUGGCAGGUAGCCCUGAAAAGAGUUCCACCGCACAGGAGCUGAAAGAGCAGGGCAACCGGCUGUUCCUCUGCCGCAAGUAUCAGGAGGCUGCCACCUGCUACAGCAAAGCUAUCAACCGUAACCCGUCAGUGGCGGUGUACUAUACCAACCGGGCUUUGUGUCACGUGAAGCUGCAGCAGCACGACAAGGCCCUGGCAGACUGCAAGCACGCGCUGGAGCUGGACCCCCAGUCGGUCAAGGCCCACUUCUUCCUGGGCCAGUGUCACCUGGAGCUGGAGAGCUACGAUGAGGCCAUCGGCAACCUGCAGAGAGCGUAUAACCUGGCCAAGGAGCAGAGGCUGAAUUUUGGAGAUGACAUUCCGAGUGCCUUGCGGAUUGCCAAGAAAAAGCGCUGGAACAGCAUUGAGGAGAAGCGAAUCAACCAGGAGAACGAGCUGCAUGCCUAUCUCACCAAGCUCAUUCUGGCCGAGAAGGAGAGGCAGGUGGAGGGUUGCCUGGAAAACAAGGUGGCGGACAGUCAGGAGGGAAGCGACGUUGCCAAGAUCAAGUCAAAACAUGACAAGUUCCUUAAUGACAUGAAUGAGCUGUUUUCACAAGUGGAUGAGAAGAGAAAAAAGCGGGAGAUUCCUGAUUACCUGUGUGGGAAGAUCAGCUUUGAGCUGAUGAGGGAGCCCUGCAUCACACCCAGUGGGAUCACCUACGACCGCAAAGACAUCGAGGAGCACCUGCAGCGAGUCGGGCAUUUCGACCCGGUCACCCGGAGUCCUCUGACCCAGGACCAGCUGAUCCCCAACCUGGCCAUGAAGGAGGUCAUCGAUGCCUUCAUCCAGGAGAACGGUUGGGUGGAGGACUAUUGAACCCCCGUAUCCUGGCCUUGGCUCAGAAACCCACACAACCCAGAACGUGGACCCACACCAGAAGUGUACACACUUACAAAAGAAAAAGGAUGACCGGAGAAGCAGAGUUUUCUAGAAUUUCUUCUGGACAUGCACUUUACACACAGGAGGGGGCGAGGGAGUAUUAUGGACUGCCAAAUUACAGCCCUUUGUUGAGGCAAAGGCUCUCAGUUGCUUUUCUUUUUUUUUUCUUCCUGAAUCUGUUUUUCUCUCCCCCUGACUCCUUCAGUCUUCUCUUUCAGAAUCAGGAGGCAUGUUUCUCAGGUCUCUCCCUGUAACCUCUCUCCCUCCUCUUUCUCCUCUCAGUGCCACAAUGCUGUCUGAACACACUACUCUGCACUCAGGUGUUUCAGAACCUUUUAAUGUUAAAGCUUCCAAUCUCCUCAAACAUAUGCAUCAGAACUAUCGACCCCAACCAGGAACAUAUUGGCCUUUAAACUGGCUCCUACUCCAGUGCUGAUUUCUGAAUAAUAAAAAAAACGGUAUAGCAGUAUAGUAUAUGAUUAAACCAUAAUUACAAAUGUCACACAAAUUUGCAUUGUUGGUGAUUGUCCAACAAUCACCAACAAGUGCAUUGACCAACAAAUUAGCAUUGUUGGUCAAUGCAAACAUUUUAUUAUGUAAACACUAGUGUGGGGGGGGUUUAUGCAGGAAAAUACGAAACGUGUGUAAUGGAUUAUAGAAAACUGACCAAUCGAAAACAAAGUUUGCGUCACUCUUUGCUCUGGUGUCAUAACAACAAACUGGAUUGGUCCUUUAUUGCAUUCUGUCAGUCCCUCAUAGUGAACUGGUAUAUUAUGCAGAAUGGUCUUCCCUGCCUUCCUGCCAGGCCUCCCCAGGUGCAUUACACUUUACUUUUUAACCCUGAACUGGCCCACCUGAUUCAGUUAGUCAACUAAUCAUCUAACUAAUGACUUUGACUAAUUUAUUCUGGUUUUCCAGUUUUGCGUUUGAAGUUGAAACAUCUCAGGAGGUCCUUUGAGAGGUUUGUGAAUUCCGGGGUUAAGCAGAUUUUAUUUGACAAUGACAUGUUGUGGCAGUAGUGUGAAAUGGCAUUAUUUUUUUAUCAUCAAAAAGGUGUUUUGUAUGAUUGACUGAAUUCCACUGAAAAAGUGCUGCACAAUGGGCCUCUAAAUCAGUAGGUCUCAACUCUGCCUGGGGAGUGCAGCUGGUUUUCUAUUGUACCUGGUAUUUCAUUGCGUUCACCUGGAGGUUUAAAUUAGUCCUUGGUUUGAGGGCUUGAAUGAUAGCCUGCAGUCGUCGUGUUCCUCGGGCCUGGGGUUGAGGACCACUGUAUGGUUAAAAUGUCAUCACUUCAUAGUAAAGGUGACCAUGCAUUGCUUACCUUUUUGUUUGAAAGUUCCUGAACCAUGUUUUGAAAGCCUGCUGUACUUGCUGUUCUCUGAGACCGUAGGUCUGUGCACUUGGACAAUGUUUUUGGCUGAUGGCUGGAAGUGCAACUGCCACUACCCCAUAAUAUGAAAAUAGAUUUUUCUAAGCAUGAGGUCUUUAAGCAUUGAUUUCUGAAUUGUCCCGCAUUACUUUGCAUUGUGCAACCCCAGCCCUACAUGACUUCACAACCAUCAGACUGUAAUGCUAGGAAUUAACAAGACCGUCAAACGUAAGAAUAACAACUGACUUCAAGUUCAAGGCAGUGGCUUUCUCAAAUACCUUGAGUUUCCUGUACCAUCUCCUUUUAUUUGAAAGUGUCUUAUUUUAAUAAGUUUAUGCUGGAAGGGGACAAUCGCCAACAAACGACAUUGCAGUAUCUUGACUAGCUGCUUUGAAAUCUCUGCCAUUGACAGAUGCUUUUUUUUGAGAUUUCACAAUUAGUUUACAUGAAUCCCCUUUGCCUCAAGUGAAUGUAUGUGACUUUAGUGAGCUGCAGGUUUUGUGAUGGGUUGAGAAUGCCGGCUGUGUACACUGUUUGCUUGUGGAUUUCUGAUUUUAUUUCUUGAACAGACAGAUUGGCUUUUUGAGGAUGCCUGGAGUGAUUGAGGGAAAAAAAUGUAUUAAAUGUAGAUAUGUUAAUAAUA